AUGGAUACUCCCCGGGUGCUGCUCUCGGCCGUCUUCCUCAUCGGUUUCCUGUGGGAUUUGCCCGGUUUCCAGCAGGCUUCUAUCUCCUCCUCGUCCGCGGAGCUGGGUUCCAGCAGAAGCGCGAGGAGCCGCAAGGAAGGGAGGGUGGCGCGGGCGCCGCGAGAGAGCGCGGCGGGCCAGGCGUCCCAGGAGCGUCAGGAGCCCCAGCCCGGGCGGCCGCAGGACGAUCCCCGGGCUCCGGAGCCGCCGGGCCGGGGUCCACGCGUGGUGCCGCACGAAUACAUGCUGUCCAUCUACAGGACCUACUCCAUCGCCGAGAGGCUGGGCAUCAACGCCAGCUUCUUCCAGUCUUCCAAGUCGGCGAACACAAUCACGAGCUUUGUGGACAGGGGACUCGACGAUCUCUCACACACUCCUCUCCGGAGACAGAAGUAUUUGUUUGAUGUGUCCACACUCUCAGACAGAGAAGAGCUGGUGGGCGCGGAGCUGCGGCUCUAUCGCCAGGCCCCCGCUGCGCCCUGGAGGCCAGCGGCCGGGCCGCUGCGCGUGCAGCUGUCACGCUGCCUGUCGCCAGAGCUGCUGGACGCGCGCACCCUGGACCCGCAGGGGGCGCCCCCCGCCGGCUGGGAAGUCUUCGACGUGUGGCAGGUUCUGCGCCACCACCCGGGGAAGCAGCUGUGCUUGGAGCUGCGGGCCUCGGGGGUCUGGCCGGACGCCGGGGAGGUCCAGGCGCGCGCGCGGGGGCCCCAGCAGCCCCCGCCCCCGGACCUGCGGAGUCUGGGCUUCGGCCGCAGGGUGCGCGCCCCGCAGGAGCGCGCCCUGCUCGUGGUGUUCACCAGAUCCCAGCGAAAGAACCUGUUCGCCGAGAUGCGCGAGCAGCUAGGCUCGGCUGAGGCUGCGGGCACUGAGGGGGCCUGGCCGCCACCGUCAGGAGCUCCGGAUGUCGGGCCGUGGCUGCCCUCGCCCGGCCGGCGACGACGGCGCACGGCUUUUGCCAGCCGCCACGGCAAGCGGCACGGUAAGAAGUCGAGGCUGCGCUGUAGCAAGAAACCCCUGCACGUGAACUUCAAGGAGCUGGGCUGGGACGACUGGAUCAUCGCGCCCCUGGAGUACGAGGCCUACCACUGCGAGGGCGUGUGCGACUUCCCGCUACGCUCGCACCUGGAGCCCACAAACCACGCCAUCAUCCAGACGCUGAUGAACUCCAUGGACCCCGGCUCCACACCGCCCAGCUGCUGCGUGCCCACCAAAUUGACUCCCAUCAGCAUCCUGUACAUAGACGCCGGCAACAACGUGGUCUACAAGCAGUAUGAGGACAUGGUGGUGGAGUCUUGCGGCUGCAGGUAG